CACCGUAUGUAUGAACAUGUCUUUGAUAUAAACUGCGUCCUUGGUUUCUUUUUAAACUUUUUACUACUUUUUAUCAAGAACUGGAAGAUCCAGAGACAAAAACGGUUAUUACAGUCUGCUUUGGAAUUAAAUAUUGGAGUUAAAUAUACGGUUUGCAAUGAUGGAGGAUUCAAAAGUUGAAAAAAGUCAAUCUUCAGCUGACAAGCUGCGUUUGUUAUUGGAGAGACGCCAGUCGUUGAAAGAGAAGUCUAUGGGAAAGAUGAGAUUAAGUAGCGACGACUUUGAUCCUAGGUCAUUGAGCGACAUUAUGAACAUAUUGGAAGAUGCUGAAAAGUUGAUAAAAAUCUGAAGGAACAAAAUGUUUUGUACCAGAAUUCAUUGGUUGAGUUGAAGACUAGAACGAAAGAAGUAAUUUUGGAAAAUGAAACACUCCACCAAAAAUUAAAUGUCAGAUCUUCCUCUGAUAACAUGCCUUCAAAUAUAAAAGUUGCUCAAAAUAUGGAUAAAAUUCACUUGUAUGACCCGGAAUAUGAACUGGAUGAAGUGAAGAGAUUAAAUCAAGAAAAAACUGAUCGUUUGGACAUAAUUAUUAAAACAACAAGAAAACAACUGGAGGCUAGUAGGAAACAAAUUGCUAAACUUCAGUCCCAGCUCAGAGCUGUUGGUGCUGAAAAUGACCAAGUAUGGAAAAAAAGAAACAGUGUGUAUAAAAUGUGGCAGUCAUUCAUAUUUCUCACAUCAUCCAUCUAAAGCUCAUGAAACAACACUGGAAUUACUGUUCCGAGAGAGGGAUGAACUCGUUGAAAUGCUUUCCAAACAGAAUUCUAUGUUAGAACAAUGUGAACAUCGCGAGUUUCAAGCAAUAGUGCAGGCCAAAAAGUUGGCAGAAUCUACAGAAAAUGCAAAUCUGGAAAAAGCUAAGGCGAUCAUAUCGAUUAAACAACUGGAAAGUAGUUUGGAAAAUGAAAGAAAAAGAUUGGACAUGGAGAGGGAAAAGAAUCAACGCGAAGUUAAUGGCAUCGUCGAGAGAUUGGACAAAAAGAAAAAAGAAUUUUCAGAUAAGAUUGAAAUCUUAACACAAAAAUGCGAUGAGAAAGAUCAUCAUUACGAGCAAUUAUCCAGGGAAAAGGAAAAUCUUCUGUGUGAUUAUGAGAAAACAGCGGUUGAACUUCAGACUGCACACAUGGAAAUGAACAAGUUAAGAGUUGAAUGUCAUGAAGAGAUGGUAAAAAUGACUCGAAAAUUGACAGAAAUAACUGAAGAACUUUCUCGUCUAAAAAACGACAAGAACAGAAAAGAUAAAGAUAAUGAACAGAUUAAGAUUUCGUUGAAGAUGGAAAUUGAGAAUUUAAAGCAUCGUUUAAUGGAAGCUCAUAACGAAUGUGUGGAAACUCGCGAGAAAAAUGUUAAAAUUGACGAAAAGUUGAAAAGAACUGAGAACGAACUUCAUCAGCUGGUGUUGUCCAAGAAUAGUUAUGAAAAAACUCAAGAAGAGAAUCGAGAAUUUUAUGAAAAGCAAGAUGAACAAAGAGAAAAAAUAUUUCUUGACAGUUUACAAGAAACUGAGCAGAAACACAUUGUAUUACGAAAAAAGUUAGAGAAGAUGUUGGAAGCACAAAUGAAGAUGACCUCUGAUCUGAAAGAAGAAAACAAAAGAUUACUCAUAAAAUUGGAGGAUAAGACUAAAAGCCACAAAUCCGAGAAAUCAAAAUGGAUGAAUGAUAUGAGUACUUUAAAGCAAGAACUGGAAAAGACUCGUGAACAAUAUGAGGUUAUUAGCAAUGAAAAAAGUGUCCUUAUUCAAAAGAAAAGAAAUAUCAGUGAAAAGAUAACGUUCUUUAAAACUGAAAAUAAAAAAUCGCGAAAUCUGAUCUACAGCCUUUUACAAAAACAAAAGCUCUUAAUGAUGGAGAGACGAUCUUUGAGUUACGAACUCCUACAACAAAAUCGACUUGCUGGCUCGUCGUUUCAGCGGCAUUUCGAGGAGAGCAUUCCUGUGCAUUAUGAACAGGAAAGUGACGUAGUUAGUAAUAACAAUGACAUUAUUAACCAUGAAGAAAUAGAUGAGAAUAAUCACAAAGAAAAUGAUAGUUUAUAAUUUAAGACAAGACAGUGAUUUCAUAAACAACAUUUUUAUUAUUGUUUUUAUAAAAUGUAACGCGACUUAAUUUCAUAUGUUCUUUUCUGCGAAGACGAUGUAUCACAUUGUCUUGUACACACUGUACAUAUAAUAAUGCAUUGAUGACUAUAUUAACGUAAUCAAA